AUGCCUCCUCGCAAGAAGGCCAAGCGCGCGCAUUCGACCACGCCACCGGAGGAUACCGCGGCGAAUUCCAGCGCGGAAACCCCCGGUUCCAGCGACAGCGUCGCGAAACCUGAUGAACCUGAAUACGAUUUGCUUAGCGACCCAUGGACAGAUGAGCAAGAGACGGCAUUGUUGAAGGCGGUUAUCAAGUGGAAGCCGGUUGGUGUACACAAGCAUUUCCGCAUGAUUGCGAUCUACGAAUACCUGAAGAGCCAAGGAUAUGCACCAGCAAAUGCGGAACAUAUGCGGAUCCCUGGAAUCUGGAAGAAACUCGGCACAUUGUACAAUCUGGAAGCUCUUGACGAACGGGAGAACGCACUCAUCAAAGGUGACGCCAAUGACGACGAAGACCAACCGAGCGAGAGAUUCUGUUCAUACGAACCACCCUACGAUGAAUACGGAGACAUGAUGUUCGAGAGACGUCUCGCGCUGGAGGGCUCAUCUUCACCUAUCAGCCCCCACCCUGAGUCUCGACGGGGAAGUACUGUGGCAGAUACUGAUGAACCGCGCUCCUCUCCUGCUCCGUCCCGAGGUCGCAAGUCUAAUCGCGGCACGCGCCAAGCUGGACGAGAGACGCGAUCGACCAGACUGCAGGUGGAAAUCGGAACUGACAGUCAAGGAAAACCUUCUGAUGAUGAUGACGCCGAGUCUGGUGAAGAGUCGGCUGCUAAUGACGAAGGUGAGGGCGAGGCAAACGAAGAGGACGAGGCCGAGGAGGGUUCGGACGGAGGUAUGAAGGAAAGCGACGGCGACGAAGAUGACAGUGAGAGUAAGGGUGGAUCGCGCAGCACUCGAGCACAGACUUCGCGGUUUAAGCAGAAGGAAAAGAAAACCUCCACGAACACGGGAACGCGCCGGACUGCCCGUCGCCGCUGA